AUGGAUUUCAUAAGGAACCUGAUGGCAUCUCCUCGGCCUGCCUCUAUUCCAGAACCACCAAUCGUCGUGGCCAAACCGAUCCAUCCCUACUAUCCCACAGAGAUCGAAGUUGUCAACUACGCCGCAAACGAAAUGACAGUCCCGGAGUUACUAGCCAGCUUUGCGGUUGGCUGUACCGUCAUCCUCUCGCUCACCUGGUUCCUUGCAUCAAGUCUUGCACCACGUCUCAAAACUGGAGAUAAAAUAACGGCGCUUUGGUUUUGCCUGUGCGGCUUCAUUCACUUGUUUUUCGAAGGCUACUUUGCCUACAACCAUACCCGCAUGGGCGGUCUCCAAGAUCUCUUCGGUCAAUUGUGGAAAGAAUACUCGUUAUCAGAUUCGCGAUAUUUGACCUCAGAUCCGUUUGUCUUGUGUAUGGAGACGAUCACGGCGGUAUUCUGGGGUCCCCUUUCAUUCUUGAUGGUGUAUUUCAUCAUCGUCUCCCAUCCUCUGCGUUACCCACUGCAGGCAAUCGUUUCACUUGGACAGAUCUAUGGCGACAUACUCUACUACGCGACCUCGAUGUUUGAUCAUUACUACAAGAACUUGACAUAUUGCCGACCUGAGCCAUACUAUUUCUGGUUUUAUUAUUUCCUCAUGAAUAUCUUCUGGAUUGUCAUUCCAGCAAUCCUGCUCACUAGUAGCCUGCGAAUCACAGCCAGAGCUUUCAAGGCGCUUGACCGGAUGUCGCACUCGCUGCAAGAGAAUGGCAAAGUGACCAGACCGAAAGCCAACGGCCACAUCAAGCAUGCAUGA